AUGUUAAUUAGUUGUGCACUUUUUUCUUUAAUAAUUCUUUUGUGUCUGAUAUUCUACAAAAGAUUUACUUUAUCUAAGUAAAGAGCACAAAGAAAACAAAAAGAGUAUUUUGAGACAGGAAUAUCAAAGUAAACACUUGCAUUUCUACAUCCUUAUUGUAAUGCAGGAGGAGGAGGAGAAAAAGUAUUAAUGUGUAUGAUAGAAAAAUUGCAAAAAUAAUAAAAAUAUCACAUAGUUAUAUAUUCAGCAGAGGAAGUUAAUGAUUAAUCAAUUAUAGAUAAAGCUAACUGUAGAUUUGGUACAAAAAUAAAUAGCCAAGAACUUAAAUUUAUUCCUAUCUUAUAAAGAAAUUUGCUUGAACCUAAAAAGAGAUUUACAUUACUGUGUUAAAUUUUUGGAUAAAUGAUUUAUGCUUUAAAAUGCAUAAAUAGUUUUCAACCAGAUAUAUUCUUAGAUUCAACAGGAUUACCAUUUACAUUUUUUAUAGUUAGAUUACUAUUGCCAAAUGUAAGAGUAAUAGCCUAUGUUCAUUAUCCAUUUAUAAGCACAGAUAUGAUUUCAUAAGUGGAGAAAAAAGAAGCUAAAUAUAAUAAUGAUGAUGAGAUUACAAAAUCUGAGAGAAAAACAAAGAUUAAAUUAUGGUAUUACAAAUUUUUAUUUUUCUUUUACUCCUUAUGUGGUAGAAUGGUAGAAUUUGCAUAUGUAAAUUCAACUUGGACAUAUAAUCAUAUGAAAUAGACAUGGAAAUCUACUUAAUUGGUUAAAUUAUUUCCACCUUGUUAAGUUGAUGCAUUCAUGAAAAGAAAGCAAUUUACAAAUUAAUUCAUAAUUAUAUCGUUUGCUUAAUUCAGACCAGAGAAAUAACAUUUAUUAUAAGUUGAAAUAAUUGAAGCUUUAGUUGAAAGAUUACCUUCAGAAAUAUCUCAAUCAAUCAAACUUUAUAUGAUUGGAUCUUGCAGAAAUGCAGAUGAUGAACUUUUAUUUCAAACUAUUUAAGACACAAUAAAUAGAAAAAAUCUUUAAGUAUAUAAUAAUUGAAUUACGUUAGGAUUAUAUAACAAUGUAUAAAAACUUGCCUUUUUAAGAUAUUCAAAAGCUUCUUACAUCUGGGAUGAUUGGACUACAUACAAUGGAAUAUGAACAUUUUGGAAUUACUAUGGUUGAAAUGUUAGCUGCUGGUCUUAUUGUUAUAGCUCAUAAUUCAGCAGGCCCUAAAUUAGAUAUAUUAGCCAAUGAUAUUGGAUUUCUAUGUGAAAACAUUGAAGAUUAUGUGUUAUCUGUUGUGAGAAUUAUGCAAUUAACAGAGUAAUUAAUAUAUAUUAUUAUAUUUUAGUGAAGAGAGAAGUAGAUACUAAUUAAUGGGUAGAAAAUAAGCAGUUAAUUUUAGUGAUGAGACUUUUAAGAAUUUAUUUAACAUUUGA